AUGGCGCCACCAAUCGCACCCGCGGCACAAAACCAAAUCCGCCAAGUCAACGUCCGCCAGGUCGCGACAGUCACCGUCUGGGGUCCCAUCCCGACUGACCUCCCUGACCCCACGGUUCAGGUCCUGCAAGAGACUCGGACAAUCUACAUCGCUCCCACCACCACCAACACCGAGGCAGUGGUUGUUGCUGGUGGGGGCGGUGGUUUGAACGGAGGCGAGAUCGCCGGCAUCGUCAUCGGAACUCUCGUCGCAGUUAUUCUCAUUAUUUGGCUCAUCAAGUAUCUGUCCCAGAGGAACAGGCGGCCGAGCUAUUACCAUGAGGAGAAAGUGAGGAGCGGGAGUAGGCACGGUCAUCAUCAUCACCACCACCAUCAUGGACGUGGCAGGUCGAGGAGCAGCCGGAGCAGGAGCCGGAGUAUUGAGAUUAGGGAAACAGCAAAGGACAUAUGAAUGACGGUCAAGAUUUACGAGCAAACAUGAUACCUUUCCCCAUACUUGUACAUAACAUAUCUACUACACUAAUCACA